GGUGGAUUUUUCUCCAAAAUUAACUUACAAAUCGAAAUCUCUAAUCUCCAGGAGCCGGUUAAUUCAGUUGCCUGUUCGAGUGUUCGGGGAAAAAAAAGUUCUCAUUUAGAUUCAUAGAAGAUUGAAUAGAUGGUGUUUUUGCAGAUCGAGUGCGAAUUGAAUCCCUAAAUUGAUGCAACGAAAAACGAAGUCCUUUCCCUAAGAUGGAAACCUCUUCAUGAGAAGUGCUCCUGCUCACUCUGUCACUUUUUGCUUCCUGGAGUUGAGCUGCCAUCUUUUUCGGAUCAGAUCACGUGAAUUGUUGGUACUUACAAAGGUAUGCUUGAAAUGCAGAUCUGAAUAGUUUUCUAGAAAGUUUUUAAAACUGUUAGUGCCCUCUUCUGUUGAUCGGGGAUUAGUGUGGUGAUUUAAGUCCAAUUGCAAUGGAAAAUCCAAAGGAAGUUGACCCAGAACUUCAAAUUUUCGAAUUGGAAAGAACUAACAAUGAGUCAAGAUUUGAUGAUGAUUUUCAUUCCAUGAGUGCACUUGAAAUUUUGAGAGAAACCGUGUGGAUUCUUCGGUAUAAUUCGAUGGGGUUCAUAUCUAUCAUGACUUUAUUGAUUCUCCCAGUAUCUGCCGUGCUUUUGUCUAAUGUCUUGGUUAAUCAGUCCAUUGUGAUGAAACUGACAGUAAGGCUUUUGCUAGUGGUGAGAUCGAGUGGAAUUUCACUUGGGCAUUUUGUCAAACAGUAUGGUCAUAAGUUUUCAGAAAAGGUGGUAGCUGCUGCAGUGUCUUUCCCUCUAUGUGCUACUUUCUUGUUGCUGUCAAAAGCUGCAACUGUUUACUCAGUGGAUUGCACUUAUUCACGGGAACCGUUUGAUUCUUUGAAGUUCUAUCUGAUAAUCACAAAGAUUUGGAAGCGAAUUGUCUUCACUUACUUGUGGGUAUGCACUGUUAUUUCUGGUUGUGUCACUUUGUUUCUUUUGCUCCUUGUUGCUGUUAGCACCAUGUUUUCCAUGUCUGGAUUACCAUCAAAUUUGAUCUUAUACCCUGCAGUGGUAGUUGGAGUGAUCUUCGCAAUAAUUUUAGCAAAUUGCAUAGUUAUUUGCAACAUUGCUGUUGUGAUUUCAGUGUUGGAAGAUGUAUCAGGACCACAAGCAUUGCUUAGGUCCAGGUCCCUCAUCAAGGGGAAAACACAGGUUGGUCUCCUUAUAUUCUUAGGAACAACCAUUGGGAUGGCAUUUGUGGAGGGUUUGUUUGAGCAUAGAGUGAAGACUCUAAGUUAUGGGGAUGGAUCUUCAAGGAUAUGGGAAGGGCCCCUUUUGGUGGUAAUGUACUCAUUUUUGCUGCUUUUGGAUUCCAUGAUGAAUACGGUUUUCUACUUCUGCUGCAAAUCCUAUAGAAUAGAAACAUCUAAUGAAGAGACUCAGCCAGUUCUGGAACCCUCUAAAAUUUCUUCAACAUCAACUGAAGUUCAGUGAAACUAUGUUCUUGAAUAAUUGAAUUUAUUGUGACUUGCAAAGCCACCACAAGUUGCUUGUGAGCUGAAUGGAGAUGCUAUCUGAAAGGUGGAUUUGUCUAUGUUGCUCUACUACUCUUUUUCCUACAUGAUAAAAUGCUUCAGAGAUACGAAUUCUGCAAAAAUGGGCAGUCAAAGAAAUUGAAUUGAAGACUGGUAAUUGGAACUGCCUCUCUCUCUCUCUCCUUUAAUCUUAAACGUCUUUUGGAAAACCUUGUUCAUAAAUUACAAGUAUAGACCAUGUAUUAUUGAUUUAUUGUAUUAUAUAUAUUACUUCCUUUCACAAUAAAUAGUUUCCCUCAAUCUAGUGUGGCAAUUUUCUCUUUUUAUUUCUUGUAUUUGUCUGCUAAGUAGUUCCUGAAAAUUAAGGAUGUCUGUUAUACUCUUA